GUUGUGUAUUUCCGGUUUCCCAAAACGAAGUAAAGUUACGGCGGCAAGAUUCUUUUCCUCGCCUCCCUUUCCAUUCUUGUUUUCUGGCUGGAAUCGAUUAAAUGACAGACGACCUUUCAUCGUCGGUACCUGUUACCGGAGAGCUUUUUGCCGUUUCUUUUUCGUCCAGUCCUACGAGCAAGUCUCCAGGUAUCUUCGCGUCACAAGCCAGAGGAAAGAAGCGUCCUGCAAGUCCGGGACACAGCGGCGGUCCGGUCCCAGGCGGUGUUGGCGUCGGCAGUAGCGCAAAGAAGAAGAAGAAGCUGGUCAUUCCCGGCGGCUUGAAUGUCCCCUCUGCACCGCUGCCAAUACCGGCGCAGCCGCAGGUUCUGGCUCCUGAAUCAUCUGCUGAGAACAAAACCUUGGUUGUGGACACUAGUGUAACUCUGCCAGAGGCAUCUGUAAAACCUGUGCCUUUCAAAGACCCAAACUUUGUGCACUCUGGGAUCGGCGGUGCAGCAGCUGGGAAAAAAAACAGAACCUGGAAGAACCUGAAGCAGAUUCUUGCUGCUGAGAAGGCAUUGCCAUGGCAACUAAAUGAUCCAAACUAUUAUAAUAUUGAUGCUCCACCCUCAUUUAAACCAACUAAGAAGUACUCUGACAUUUCUGGACUUAUGGCAAAUUACACAGACCCUCAGACUAAGCUACGGUUUAGCAGUUCUGAGGAGUUCUCUUAUAUAAGGAUGCUCCCAGUGGAUGUGGUGACGGGAUACCUCGCCUUACGCAAAGCAACGUGCAUUGUUCCAUGAUUCUGCAAAUCUUGACAGUGAACAUUCUACUAUGAGUUCCACACUGAUAAAAAGAUGGAAUGAAAAAAAAAAAGAAAAAGCUGAUAUUUGUUAUAAAGUGAAAACCUAUUAGGAAGUUAUAACUCAAGUCAUGGUGCCCUGAUAGCAGGCAGUGCUUAUCUUUGCAGGGCAGCUGGGUUGAUUUGCUAAUCCUCUCUCUCUUACAUAAUCUUCCUAUUGCUUAAGUAUGAUUGGCACUUUAAUAGGUACCAGCGAGACAGCAGAAAUGAAGUAUGUAAAUGAGUAUAUGUGUAAUUUGUACAUGGUGAGGGAGAAAAGGCAUGAGGUGUGAGGAAAUGCGAUUCUAGCUUCCAUUCUUUGUGACAGAAAACGUUAUUAUGAAUGACCUGGUAAUUUAGGGUUAUUGGCAUUCCCAAGCACUAAUUACAGUCAAGCUUUAUCUUAAUGGAUUUGAAACGGCUUCCAGAAACUGCUGACAAAACUUCUCCCUGCUGUUUUAAAUGCAGAAGACAAA